AUGGUGGUGGGUACAGCUCAUCACUCCCAGUCGUAUCCUGAUACCCAGCAGGACUACCUCACCAUGGUGGUGGGUACAGCUCAUCACUCCCAGUCGUAUCCUGAUACCCAGCACGACUACCUCACCAUGGUGGUGGGUACAGCUCAUCACUCCCAGUCGUAUCCUGAUACCCAGCACGACUACCUCACCAUGGUGGUGGGUACAGCUCAUCACUCCCAGUCGUAUCCUGAUACCCAGCACGACUACCUCACCAUGGUGGUGGGUACAGCUCAUCACUCCCAGUCGUAUCCUGAUACCCACCACGACUACCUCACCAUGGUGGUGGGUACAGCUCAUCACUCCCACUCGUAUCCUGAUACCCAGCACGACUACCUCACCAUGGUGGUGGGUACAGCUCAUCACUCCCAGUCGUAUCCUGAUACCCAGCACGACUACCUCACCAUGGUGGUGGGUACAGCUCAUCACUCCCAGUCGUAUCCUGAUACCCACUACGACUACCUCACCAUGGUGGUGGGUACAGCUCAUCACUCCCAGUCGUAUCCUGAUACCCACCACGACUACCUCACCAUGGUGGUGGGUACAGCUCAUCACUCCCAGUCGUAUCCUGAUACCCAGCAUGACUACCUCACCAUGGUGGUGGGUACAGCUCAUCACUCCCAGUCGUAUCCUGAUACCCACCACGACUACCUCACCAUGGUGGUGGGUACAGCUCAUCACUCCCAGUCGUAUCCUGAUACCCAGCACAUGAUCAACUCACAAUGGCGGUGGGUACUGCUCCACUCUGCAGCUCAUUUGGGGCUAAUUUGUUCUUAA